AUCUCGUUCUCGUCGACUCCUCCAUUUCCUCUCAUCGUCUGAGACAAUAGCCGACUGCCAUUUUCUCUCCUCCAUUUCUGCCGUGAGAGACAUCGCCAUUUCAAUCCUCUCCUCCUCAAACGAGAGGAGACCAUAGCCGAUCUGAGAUUUUCUUUAGAUCUGCCGUCGCCGCUCCUCCUCAACCGAGAUAGCCGAUGCCUCCAUUUCCUCUCCUCCAAGCCUGAGACCACAGCCGACCGCUGUUUCCUCUCCAUUUCUGCCGCCAACAGAUCUGAAGCCACAGCCACGCCGCCAACAGAUCUACAUCUCCUUUUAUGGUCAGCUCAUGGCACUCAAGUCUUGUCAUGACCGGAAUAUCACACGUAGAGAUAUUAAACCUGGCGCAUUAUUGACUUUGGGAGUGCACUGGAUUGGAUGACUUCACAUUGAAGCAUUUGUAUGGCUCUGUUGGACCUUCAAGGGCUGAACAAACUUGUGAAUAUACUCCACCUGGGGCUUUUCUUAAUGCCAGCUGGUACUAGGGGCCAACUUCAGCAAGUCUUAAUGCCAGCCGAAAAUGGAAACACAGACCAGAUCUCAGCUGAAGCCCUCCUCGUCUCACCUUCGUCGAUCUCCUCCAUCUCUCAGCCGACACCGAUGCCGCAAACCGCCGCGACCUGCAGUAGACGCCACCCGCCGACGCUGCCAUUCCGUCUCGACCUGCUAGCCUCCGCCACGCCACUGCUAGCCUCCACCACAGAUGGCUGUUGUCUUAUGCAAAUGCAAAAUGUUUCUAGCAGGGUUGAAAAACUUUAUGCAUGAACCUGAGUACAUUCUUGAAUUGAAGCUACAAAUAAAUCAAAAUCAAAGUGCAAGGCUGAGGGGGGAAGGUUCAAGAGAUUGUGAUUCUUUAGAUGCAAAGUGAUGAAUUUGAGAAGCAUGGUGCGUCUAUUGUCAUAUAUGUACAUAUAUAUGAAUUUAUACUGCCCUCUUUAUAGUUUAGCAACAUUGUAAAUUUCAAGCUUUCUUAGAUUUUUUAAUAUUGUAACACUAGUUUAUUGGUAAAGUACUCACUGCUGCAAAUCUUUAAUACUGUAUUUUCUGUUUUUAUUUUUUUAAAACAUGGUGCGUUUCUCUC